GCAAACGUCCGUGCCGUAUAGCGUGAAUAACCCUGUAUACAUACAAUUGAUGUUCACAAAAUUAUCGACACUCCAUCCAACACCAUUAAUUCACUGCAACCUUUCAGGUUAGAUCCACAGCGGAUAACCUCAAAUCACAAAUGUAAAUAUUGUGUUUCUGCUGUUUUUGUUAGUUUCAGUUUGAAAAAAUGGCUUUUUCUCUUUGGAACUUAUUUGAGGCCACUAUUCUAUGCCUUAAUGCCAUAUGUAUCCUCAAUGAAGAUCGAUUCCUCAAUAAGAUUGGCUGGGGCAAAACCUCAAACGUCCAAGGUUUUGGUGAAGGCCCCUCUACCAAAGCACAAAUCUUCAAUUUAUUGCAUUCCAUCAGAACAGUCGCUAGAGUUCCACUGAUCCUCCUGAAUGUGAUAACAAUAUCAUUGAAGCUGAUACUCGGAUAACAUCGAAUUUUAUUAUUUUUAAAAUGUCUGAAAAUAAAUCCAAAUAUUGUAUUUUCCCAGAAAUUUAUUUGAGGCAAUAAAUAUGUGCUUUUACAAAAUA